AAAAUAUGUUGAAGCUGAGAAGCGUGGCAAGUUUAGGAUCACAGGUGGAUAGAGAAAACAAAAAGUGAUCCAGAGAGUGAAAGGAGAAGGAGAAGUCAUCUUCUGAACAGAGGAAGUUGCAGAGAAUAGAAUCUUAAGGAGACCAAUGGCUACUCUGGUCUCGUCUCAGACUUACAUCUACCAUUGUUGUAUGAGUAAACGAGCUUUUUACCAGGCAAAAGAAUCAUACUCUCCUUGUAGAUUUUCCCGUCAUCAUAAUCAUAGGGAAAGACUUGAUUUGUAUCCUAAGACGCCUAGAUUGACAAUAACUAAAAAGCAUCAACCUUUGUCUUUCAACACCGUGUGUUUUGCUGCAGACGAGCCUUCCGAAAUCAGUGCUGAUGCUAGAAUCCGUAGUGAGGUUCUGUCUCCGUUCAGAUCAGUCCGUAUGUUCUUCUACCUUGCCUUCAUAGCUAGUGGGUCACUAGGAGGACUAAUAGCCACUUCUAGGCUCAUUGGUGCCCUUGCAAAUCCGGCUAGAUCAGGCGAAGUUCUGGAGAUCAUAAAAGGUUUGGGAAUUGACUUUGGUGCAGCUUCUCUCUUUGCCUUCCUCUACUUCCGCGAAAACAAGACCAAGAAUGCACAAAUGGUUAGGCUCUCGAGAGAAGAGAAUCUUGCAAAACUCAAAAUGAGGGUCGAAGAGAACAAUAAAGUUAUCUCGGUAGGAGAUCUGAGAGGGGUUGCUAGGCUUGUCAUCUGCUCUGGUCCUGCAGAGUUUAUCGAAGAAGCUUUUAAUAGAAGUAAAGAGUUUACACAAGGGCUUGUGGAGAGAGGUGUGGUUGUGGUAGCUUAUUCUACGGAUGGGAAUACGCCGGUUUUGGACUUUGAUGAGAAUGACAUUGCGGAUGAGGAAACGAGCAAGAGAAGGAAGAGAUUGUGGCGUGUGACUCCGGUUUUUGUCCCAGAAUGGGAAAAGUGGUUAGCUGAGCAAAAGAAGCUUGCUAAUGUAUCUUCAGACUCUCCAGUGUAUUUGUCUCUGCGUUUGGACGGGCGUGUAAGGGCAAGUGGAGUGGGUUAUCCUCCAUGGCAAGCCUUUGUUGCACAGCUUCCUCCGGUUAAGGGAAUCUGGACCGGUCUUCUUGAUGGUAUGGAUGGUAGAGUGUAAAUACUCUAAUACUUAGGGAUAAAAAAGUUAUACGUUUCUUACAAAUUGUGUAGUUAUGAACAGAUAUAUGACUUCAAAAUUGUCACUUUCACUCUUGUAGUAAAUUGAUUUGAAAAUAAGAUUAUGCGAUCAAUCCGCGUUACCUA